AUGGCUAUGGUGUCAACGGGCAUUCCUUCGGGGUUCCCCGAAGGGUCUAAGCACGUUCAAAAGCGGGGAAAAGGAGGUGUCUACCCACCCCACCACUGGCUUUCGGCCCCCUCCUCAGCGCAAGGCGUUCUCGCACUGUUACAGGAGAAUGACACGGAUAUUCAGCAGGCGGCUCUCAUGGAGCUCAAGGAUUUGGUGGACGUUCACUGGAUGGAGCUCGCUGAUGCUCUCCCCGACAUCGAGGCUUUGGCAGAGGAGGAAGCCUUUCCGAGCCGUCAGCUAGCCGCUCAUUUGGCUAGCCGCAUUUACUUCCAUCUAGAGGCCUCGGCGGAUUCUCUCAAGUUCGCGCUGGAAUCUGGCGACUGGCUGCAGCUCAACGACAACUCUCUCUAUUCACAGACCAUCUUGGCUGAGUGCAUUGACGAGUAUAUACGGUACAGAACGGAAGCCUACGAUAAUGAACUUUCGGCGCAAAAUGCAUUGUGUGCGCCUGCUUCUGACAUUGCUUGCCUCCUCUUCCCUCCGCUAGCGAAGACCUCGAUGUUAGGUGACUUGUUUCUGAGGUGUUGCACAGGCUCUGCGCUCGACUCGUUCCACGCAGCAGUUGAGCGAGUAGUGCUGCAGCAGCUGCGAGCUGCAGCAGGAGGCUCUGGAGCACCUAAUGCUUUGGGCAUCGCUCUGGAUUCCCGCCGCUUAGCUGAGGUAGAGUUGCUACUCUCCUCGGCUCCAGACAAGCUCCCCAUGCUAAAUUACCUCGCAAUGAAUUUGCAUGCAUUGGUGCCGUCUAAAGCCUUUCGCACGGAGGUCUUGGGCUUGCUGAUCCGGCUGUAUAGGGAGGCUCUGGACGGUUUGUCUGCCACGCAACAGCCUGAGGUGUACAGGCAGCUCUGCCGCUGUCUCAUCGUGCAAGGCGACGUGCCUGCAGUUGCUGCCCUUCUAAACAGCUUCUUGACGGCGCCUUCCUCCCCAGCCUUAGAACGCCCACAACUCGUUGCUUAUCAGAUUGCAUUCGAUCUCAUGGAUCUCGAGAGACCAAGCCAAAUGCAAGCUCUUCUAGAACAUCCUCUUUUGGCUCUUCCUGCUCCUGAGGAACCGCAGCAGAAGGAGGAACCGCAGCAGCAGCAGGAGCAGCAGCAGCAGCAGGAGGAGCAACAGCAGCAGCAAGAGCAGCAGCAGCAGCAAGAGCAGCAGCAGCAACAAGAGCAGCAGCAGCCUGCAGAGCAAGGUGAAGGCGCAGCAGUGGCAUCUGCUGCACCUGCAGCAGCCGCAGAGGCGGCAGAGACUUCUACAGCCGCUGCAGCAGCAGCUCUGGCAGCUGCAGAGGCGGCAGAGACGAGAGCCGCAAACUCCAGCGAUCCAUACCUAAGAAAGCUUGCGGUGCUACGCAGUAUCGUCUCGGGCUGCGCCUCUGUUGAGUUCCGCCUGCAAUUUCUAAACAGAAAAAGCCACACAGAUCUCCAGCUGCUCGACCUCUAUAAGAGCUCCGUAGACGGCCGUCAGUCCUUGCUGCAUCACGGCCUGCUGCUGGCGCACGCGUUGCAGCAAAGUGGAACGGCGUGCGAUGCGUUUUUAAGAAAAAACUUGGACUGGAUGGGCAGAGCUGUUAGUUGGACGAAGUUCUCGGCUACAGCCUCUAUUGGAGCGAUUCACAGGGGCAACAUGCGGAGCAGUUUGAGCGUGUUGGAAACGUAUCUGCCUCCCGACACUCCUGGCGUGUCGUCGGCAUCAGGUGCCCCCUCUACAGAAGGGGGGGCUCUUUUUGCGUUGGGCUUGAUUCACAGUGGAGCACCCAGUCCCCGCAUUCGAGCGCUCAUCUUGUCUGCUCUGAAGCAGACCAAUCAGACAGACAAGGAGCCUCUUCUGCACGGCGGAUGCCUCGGCUUAGGCCUUGUGUGCUUGGGAGAUGCCAACGAUACAGAGGCGUACGAGGCGCUCCGCACGCUGCUAUUCUUGGACUCGGCUGUCAUUGGCGAAGCCGCAGCUCUCGGCAUCGGCUUGUUGUUGAUGGGGUCUGGUAAUGCAGCAGUAGCGGCGGAGCUGCUGGGGUAUGCAAAGGAGACGCAGCACGAGAAGAUCGGAAGGGCCUGCGCUGUUGCCCUUUCGCUCAUCUCCUUCCAGAAGGAGGAAGAGGCAGAUGAGCUGAUUGGACAGUGUCUGGCUGAGUCUGACCCCUUGAUACGCUAUGGCGGAGUCUUUGCUAUUGGACUCGCGUACUGUGCAACUGGCAAGGUCUGCUCGGGAGCUGUCGAACGCUUGUUGCAUUUGGGGGUAGCGGAUGUUAAUGACGACGUAAGGAGGGCUGCAGUACUCUCGUUGGGGUUUGUCCUUUGCGCCCACAAAGAAGAGUUGCUUCGAGUGAUGCGGCUCUUGUGUGGGAGCUACAACCCCCACGUGCGAUACGGCGCAGCAGUUUCUCUGGGUGUUGGGCUGGCAGGCAGCGGUCUGCGGGAGGCUGGGGAGGUUCUGAAGGCGCUGAGCAGCGAUCCCACAGACUUCGUUCGACAAGGCGCCUUCAUUGGAAUGGGCUUCCUCUACCAGCUGCAGCACGAUGCGGCCGUCUCCCCUUUCAGAGAGUCGCUGAAGAAAGUCAUUCGAGACAAGCACGAAGAUCCCCUCGCACGGUUCGGGGCGCUCAUCGCUGCAGGACUUGUUGAUGCUGGGGGCCGGAAUGUGUGUGCAGGCUUCUUCAGCCCGCGCAAGGUGCUGCGCAGGGGUGCAGUCGCAGGACUGUGUCUCUUCGAGCAGCUUUGGUAUUGGCAUCCCCUGGUGUACUGUGCAUGCCUUUCCUUUGAGGCCCAGGGCCUUAUUGCUCCCGAUGCAGCGGCAGAAGUCAGCGCAGAGGGAUUUGCGGCAGGGAAGCAAGGCGAGGAGGAGCAGAAGGAAGACGCCGAGGGAGGCACUGCGAUUGAGGUCGAUGGUCAAGCCUCGACAACAAAAGAGCAUCAGCACUAUCCUCCGCCUCUGAACAUGGCAGAAAACAAGACGGACGGCACGAAGUCAGUCAAGGCCAUCCUGAGCACCAGUGCGAAGAGACAAGCAGCGGCUCGAAGGCAGAAGGAAUCAUCAAAGGAAGCUCAAAAAACAACCAAAGCGACUGCUGCUGCUAAAACGAAAGGGUUGAGCAUUUUCGUGGCAGGAGGCGUAAAUUUCGUUGAUGCAUUCGGCGUGUUGGCUGGGGGGAGGCCGUCUGGUUUAGGAUUUGUGGCUCUCCGUGCAGGGGUGAUAUGGCCGUCGAUUCAAAGACAUCCGAAGUUAAAAGGUGUGCUAGCCAGCCUGACCGCUGCUGCUGCAGCUCGGAACGCUCCAGAAGCCUCAGCAGCAAGAGCAGACGUCCUUCCCCCUGACCGUUUGCAGCCUUGUUCUUUGUUGCAUUCUCAGAGAGGCAGUGACGUCUUCGGAGCAGAAGACGGAGAACCCCAAAGAA